AUGACUGGCCGACCGGGCUAUUCGGCGAGGUCGUCGUCAGGGCUGGCCGCGGGGCCGGCUGCUGGCUCUGGCGGCGCCGUCCGACCACGCAUUCGCCGCCUCAUCAGCAUCGACGACAAUACUACCGACAAUGACGACGACGCCACGGGGCCUGGCGGCGGCGGCGGCGGCCUGCUGUCGGCCUUUGAGGCAUCGGCCGCGCGGCCGCGCUCGCAGCGCGGGCGUGCCGACGCAGCGUCUGCGAGCGGCGGUGGCACCGCCAACAUUGGCCAAUUCCUCGGGGAAUCGCUGACACAGAGCUGGUCUUCUGUCCAGGGAUUCGCCACGUCCAUCCUGUCCGCACCCAAGGGCGGCAGAGCCCUGGGGAGCCCGUACGGCUCGCGAUCGCCAAACGGAAAAACACCCGCCGGCGGUCCAGGACGCAGACGAGCCGACAGCAACAGAGGGCUGACGUCGUGGGGCCCAUCGCUUACCCCAAGCCUGGCGGACGUGGCCGCGGGCUCGCUUGCUGAGCGAGACGCCGCACUGAGAGCGGCUAAGACGGCGAGCGUUCUGGAGAGCCACCAAGGUGUCAAUGGUGGCCUGGAUGCCACCGGACGGCACAAGCGUCGCAACUCGGAUGAUAUUUCCACACCAGAGCAACCACCCGACGAUUAUUUGGUCUACAUUCAUCAUGUGCUUCUUAACGACACGUAUGCUGGGAUAAUUCUGCGAUACCAAUGCCGAGAAGACGUCUUCCGUAAAGCCAACGGGUUAUGGUCGCGCGAUAGCAUCCAGACACGCAAAUGGCUUACAUUGCCGGUCGAUGCUUGUGAAAUACGCGGCUCUCCUUGCGAUCCUCCGGCUUCCGCAACUCCGCAGCAAACUGAUCUACUUGCUCCUUCGCCGCUACCGUCGAAUAAGGCAAGACCCGAGCACGACGAGUACUUUAGCUCAUUAUCUGAUAUUGGCGAGAACGAUGCUCCUCAGAUUGAACAAGACAGCAAACCAUGGAACCAUGUUCGAUGGGUCCAGAUAGACUCGUUCCAGACACCCGUGGAGAUUGGACGAGUCUCUCGUCAAUCGAUGGGCUACUUUCCCCCGCGGCGGAAGAAAGGCAUCCUUUCAGCAGCGUCGACGCCACGUCAAAGCUCGGACUUUUCCAUCGGCAUGCCCGGGCCUUCAGAAAACCACCCGACGCGACGGCAGAGCUCGCUCGGCAGCCAAGCGCAGUUGUCUUUGACACCGGUCUCAUCGCGAAGCAGGGGAGGUAGCGAGGCAGCAGAGCAAAUACCGGCCUGGAUGCGGAGACCUGGCGGCGUGGGAACCAUGGGGCGCAAUGUGCGAGCGCCAGGACCCGACAAGGACUCGUUGAAUGCCUGGGCAAACAAGCACUUUCCGGGGCUGAACAUUGACCAGCUACCGUCUAUGUCAGUCAUGGACUCAGAGGUUGCGCAGUUUGGAUUCAGAGGCGGCAACGGUUCCAUUGCCGAGAGCUCUUUUGAAGGCGGUCGCCAGGAUUCCGCCGGGAUCAAUUCCAAUGGAACGGGGCUGGAUAGGGCGGCCGCGGCCGUGGAAACCUGGCUGCGUGGAGCUCUGGCGAAGCGGCCCACGACGCCACUCAUGCGGCCCCGGUCCAAGGGCACCAGUAGAGCGGAAGGCGACUUGAUCGAGCUCACGGACACGGGCAGUGACGAUGGCCGAGUCUACCACGAACCCCUGGGGAGCCUCAUCGAGCCACUGGCAAUUAGCGGCACGAGCAGCCAUAGCCGGGGCACGGGUGCCGCAACGAUUCGAAGCAACACUGGCGCCUCGGGUAAAGGGAAGAAGGCAGAUUAG